CUGCCAUUAAGGUGGAGUGUAGGACUACAGAUCCCGAAAGGCCACGCGUGCAGCGCCUGCGUGUCCGCACCUGCUAGAGGGAGGGCUAAGUCGUCCCGGGAGCCUCGCAAGUCAGCAGAGGAGCCUUUGGCUGCAGCCGGUGACAUGGACAACGCAGGGAAGGAGCGAGAAGCUGUCCAGCUUAUGGCGGAGGCCGAGAAGCGAGUGAAAGCCUCCCACUCCUUCCUCCGAGGGUUGUUCGGAGGAAACACAAGAAUAGAAGAGGCAUGUGAAAUGUAUACCAGAGCUGCAAAUAUGUUCAAGAUGGCCAAGAACUGGAGUGCUGCAGGAAAUGCAUUUUGUCAAGCCGCCAAGCUCCACAUGCAGCUUCAGAGCAAGCAUGACUCUGCUACCAGCUUUGUGGAUGCUGGAAAUGCUUACAAGAAAGCAGACCCUCAAGAGGCUAUCAACUGCUUAAACGCAGCCAUCGACAUUUACACUGACAUGGGAAGGUUCACAAUCGCAGCCAAGCACCACAUCACCAUUGCUGAGAUCUAUGAGACUGAGCUUGUGGACAUUGAGAAGGCUAUUGCACAUUAUGAACAAUCUGCUGAUUAUUACAAAGGAGAAGAAUCUAACAGCUCUGCUAACAAGUGCCUGCUGAAGGUGGCAGCCUAUGCCGCACAGCUGGAGCAGUAUCAGAAAGCCAUCGAGAUCUACGAGCAGGUGGGAGCAAACACUAUGGAUAACCCCUUGUUGAAGUACAGUGCGAAGGAUUACUUCUUCAAGGCAGCACUCUGUCACUUUAUAGUGGAUGAGCUGAAUGCAAAGCUUGCUCUUGAGAAAUAUGAGGAAAUGUUUCCAGCAUUUACUGACUCCAGAGAAUGUAAAUUAUUGAAAAAACUUCUAGAAGCUCAUGAAGAACAGAACAGUGAAGCUUACACUGAAGCAGUGAAGGAGUUUGACUCAAUAUCACGUUUGGAUCAGUGGCUGACCACCAUGCUGCUUCGUAUCAAGAAGUCCAUCCAAGGGGAUGGAGAAGGAGAUGGAGACCUCAAGUGAAGCGCUGACAUCUUUGUGGCAUGCAGCUCAUUCCUUUUUAGUUUGUCUUUGGGCAGAGCUGUCUUUCUGAGAUGCCCAUUUACUGACUUACUUUUGUUGUAAAUAAGCCAGGCACACAGUUUAUGUAUUGUUUUAGCUCACCAUGUCUGUGUAAUGUGAGAAUCGGAGGCUUCUAUUCAGUUUGUGGUCAUGACAACCAAAGUACAUCAUGCUUAUCCGAGUCCUCAUAGUUUCCUGAGAAGUACUGCCAAAUCUUUUUCCUGUUCAUUUGAUAUUUUCAGGGCCCAUGGUUAAUGUUGCCACACGUUUUGUGGUUUUUUUUUUUUUUUUUUUUUUUUUCCUUGAACUCUGGUCCUCAACCUAGUUUUACAGAUGCUUUGCAAAGCCCCUGUGCAUUGGUAUCCGGAUGCAACCUUUAUACAAAUGGCUUAGUUUAGGGCAGUUAUUAGGAAUAAGUUUGUAAUUCAGUAGAAACUGUUUGGCUUUCUGUUACAGGUGUUAGUGAUGGUUUUUGUUUUGCUCCACUUGCUCACAUGUGCAUGACAAACACUGAGAACAGCUAGGCUCUGUUGACACCACUGCAUCAGCAGGGGAAGGAACUUGUUGGCUGGUCCUGAGGUCCUAUUUGUUAUGUGGAUGGAUGUCAAGGUAGAUUUCAUUGUUUUUGUUUUUACUCACACACACAUAACUCACACAAAACCUAUGAGAUGGAAUUUUCUCUUUCUCAGUUUCAACUUUUAGUUGGAAUGGAAAUCCCUUCAUAUUUGCCUUGAACCAUCUUUAGCUGGCAUCUCCUUUAUUCACACAUUCAUACACUCCUCACAUUGUCUUCUGGGCCACAGUCAUGCCAAGCUUGAGCAGAGCUAGCCAGAAGAUUCCAGCUGAAUAUAUGUGCUGAAGUGUCCAUUUGUUGGACAUGGUGGUUAAAUGUUACCAGUGUGGCAUAAGAGUUUAUAUUAUACCUGGUUAGAUAAAAACGUCACCUGUGUUUGAUGGUCCAUGGUUUAUUUCUUAACUGAUGGAGGGGUUUCAUUUGCGUGUAUGAGCUUUGAUGUCCUAUUUGGCUUACCUAAGAUGUUUGCUCUGUUAUUUCAGAUUUUUAUGCUCCCUGGUACUUUAUAUGCUGAUAGAGUACUGGAGACAUGACCUUGCUUCUUGAGUCUCCUGUGCCAAGAUAUUUUGAUGCUGGGAUGAUUUGUGCUUGAAGAGCCUGUGUUACUAGACAUAUCUCAUUGUCCUACUGUGCUGCUAUUGUGGGACAAUGAAACUCCUGAUUAACCAGGUAAAAAUGGCACUGGAAUGGUGCUUUUGUCUUUGGAUGGCCCUAGACUGGGGUUGGAGGCGCUUACCAUGCGGUAGAGUACGAGCUCUGCCCAGGCCCAGGGCUCAAUGAGGAGAGGUUGAGAACUGAUGAGAAAGUCGGUUCUUUCAAAAGAGAUAGAAAGUAGUGAAAGGAGGCUAGAGAGCUGGUUAUUCUUCCAGAGGACCCAAGUUUGAUUUCCAGCACCCAUGCUGGGUGGCUCAAAACCACCUGUAACUCCAGUUCCCACAGGAGUUCCAGUGGCCUCUUUUGCCCUCCACAAGCAUGUGAAUACAGAUAAACACAUAGAGGUAAAUGAAAUCUACACUUAUAUGCAAGCAAAACUCUCAUUUGUAAAGUAAUAAGUUUUUUAUUACUAUUUUAAAAAGAAAAAAGGAGACGAAGCUGAAACUCGUCCCAUGAAAAGAGGUGGUAGGUGUCUGUCAGUCCCCUGUCGUGGUGGUAACAGGGUGUAAAUGCAGGAAGCUUAGAGGCCUCUGCAUGUCUGUAAAAGAGGGAAUGUGCCCUAGAAUCUGAUGAGGAUUCCUUUUCCCUUCAAUGCCUUUAGGGGUUUCUGAAUGUUAGCUGGCUGUACCAAAGGUAAAACUUGCAAUGGAGCCUAGUUGAUACUUCUUGACUCCAUUAGAAUCUCUAAUGUAAAGACAAAAAGUGAGUUAUUGAGGCUGGAGAGAUGCCUCAUUUGCUCUUCCAGAGGACCCAGGGUUAAAGUCCCAGCACUCAUGUGGGGGCUCACAGCUGUCUAUAACUCCAGUCCUAAGGGAUCCACCAUACUCUUCUUGCCUCCAGUGGCACCAGGCAUGCAUGUGGUGCACACGCAUACACGCAAACAAAACAUGCAAACACUUAAAAAUCAAAUUUUUUAAAAUUCUAGUAUAUAGAAAAGUGAGUUACUGCUUCAUUCACAGCCAGCCGCAGGCAGCCUUGGAAAUAAGGUGUGGAACUGUCUCGAAGUCAGUCCCAGCAGAAGAGCAUCUGAACACUGGCCAGCCUCUGUACUCUGCCUCCCUAGUUCAGUUCUGAUGUGACCCUUUAAAAUGAGACCACAUAGUAUCUUAUGGAACACUGGUUUACCUUUCAUCACAGAUCCCUAACACACCUCCAUGAAGAAGUGUUGGGUUGUUAAGGUACUGUUUGUAUCACUUUGCUGUUUCUUUAAUUCACUUAUUUGCUUUCAAUUUUGGCAGAAGAUAAAAGAAUGAGGAAAAUGUCCAGACAGUAGAAUGCAAGUUAGAUGCUGGGGCAGGCGUCAUGAACACUUGUAAUCCUGUAGUAUCUAGAAGGUUAAGAGAGGAGGAUUGCUGUGAAUUUGAGGCCAGCCUGGACUACCUAGUGAAUUUCAAGCCAGCCUAGGUUACAACGUGAGACUCCAUCUCAGCCAACCAACCAACCAACCAACCAACCAACCAACCAACCAACCAGCCAACCAAGAAUAAAAAGGAAUGAAAGGCCCAGAUCAGUCCCUGUUGGGUUUAUUUUUGUCCCAGCACUUGGGAGGCUGAGGCAGGAGGAACAUGAACAGAGUAGACUAAGCUACAGAGUAGCAAGACCAUCAUCUAAAAAAAAAAUACUAAGAACACACUUUUGGCAGAAGAUAAAAAGAUGAGGAAAAUGUCCAGACAGUAGGAUGCAAGCUUACUCCCUUCAAAUGUCCCGCAGACACCGGGCAGUGCAUUCUCUCAAGAUGCUUAGGCUUAAGGCUUUCAUGGUCUCUAGAAUAUUAUGAACCAAACAGUGAUCAUUUGUUAUAGUUCUCAUACUUGAGUGCAUCUGGAGAUAGUUCAUACUUAUGGCAGUCAAUAUUUCUUAUGGAAAGGCUUUCCUUUUGUGGCAACAUUUUUAUAGCUUGUGUGAAUUCCUUUUUUUUUAAUGACAUAAAACAGUAUUUUUGCACAGUUGUAACCAUGUGUGAUGGUGUCACUAUAACCAAAGUACAUGCACCAGCCCUUGUGCAUUUAUUGUUCCCUCUAGUAUUGUGCACUUAAAAUGUCCAAAUACAAACCUUUGUGACUGUGGAGACUAGCAGCACAGCAUGCCCGUGACCUGCCUGCUGCAGUGUGAGCUGUGACCAGUAAGCAGGCCCUGUAAAGUUCUAAGUUGCUCUCAGGCAAGGGAGUACAUUAUAAAAACAAAUCGUGUUAACAAUAAAUCUACCUUAGCUGAAAGAACGUUUGUUUUAUGUGAACUUGUACAGUAAAUAAAGUGGAGUUAUCAGUAA